AUGGUUCAGUCUAAGUCAUGGAUUCUGGCCAAACACUUUGAUGGCUUCCCAAAAGACAGCGACUUCAAGCUCAAGGUGGAGGAGCUGCCAGAGCCUAAAGAUGGAGAGGUGCUUUUGGAAGCAGUUUUCCUAAGUGUGGAUCCAUACAUGAGGCAGGUCAAACUAUACAUGAAGGAAGGGGAUGUAAUGAUCGGUACUCAAGUGGCAAAGGUGGUCCAAAGUAAAAACUCAGCAUUUCCUGUUGGAAGUCACGUUGUGAGUGGUUGUGGUUGGAGAAGUCACGCUGUCAGUGAUGGGAAGGACCUGACUCUCCUCAUGGCCGACUGGCCCAAAAAUGUGCCAAUGUCGCUGGCUGUGGGUGCCAUCGGCAUGCCAGGACUGACAGCUUUGUACGGGGUGGAAGCGGUUUUGCAAGCGCAAAAAGGUGAGACCCUGCUGGUGAACGCUGCGGCCGGGGCUGUGGGAACCGUGGUGGGACAGAUCGCCAAGAUCAAGGGCUGUAAGGUGGUGGGUUCAGCCGGGACGGACGCAAAGGUAGCUUACCUGAAGGAGCUGGGAUUUGAUGAAGCUUUCAACUACAAAACAGUUCCCUCCUUGGAGGAGGCUCUGAAGAAGGCGGCUCCUGAAGGAUAUGACUGCUUCUUUGAAAAUGUCGGAGGUCAAUUUUCAACUAUUGCGCUACAGCAGAUGAAGGAGUUUGGUAGAGUUGCUGUGUGCGGAGGCAUCUCCACCUAUCAUGAUGCUGAAUACCAGACAGGUCCAUACCCUCUAACCACCAUAAACUGGAAGCAGGUUAAGAUAGAAGGCUUCAUGCAGAGCAGAUGGCAGAAUGACCAUCCCCAAGGCCUCAAGAAACUAAUGGGGUGGUAUAAAGAGGGGAAACUGAAGUGUCGGGAGCACGUCACCAAAGGCUUUGAAAACAUGCCAACUGCUUUCAUGGGGAUGCUGCAGGGAGAAAACAUCGGCAAGGCGAUCAUCACUGUCUGAUGCCUCAACAAAGAGUCCCCUUACUCACAAACACUCCCUGAAGA